AUGCUGAAUAAGAAAGUUAAAGUAGCUGCUGUACAUGCCGCCCCGGUAUAUAUGGAUAAGGCUGCCAGCCUGCGUAAAGUAAUUGACACCAUUUCCGAUGCAUCACGCAAGUCUAUCGAGCUUCUCGCUUUCCCAGAAGUGUUCGUACCUGGAUUUCCCUACUUCACCAACUGCUAUGCGCCCAACGCUUCGACAGUAGCGCUAUACGCAGCGCAGAGUGUUGUAGUACCAGAUGAUCUCGGCGAAGUACAAGCCGUAUGCGCGAAACACAAGAUAGUCGUUGUCUUGGGUAUAUCCGAGCGUAUGCGUGAUGGAUACACGUUAUUCAAUAGCAUCGUAACUAUCGACGCAGACGGUACCAUCUUAGGAGUCCAUCGCAAGGUUCAACCUACAUGGGCAGAACGACUUGUAUGGGGACAGGGAUCUGGCUACACGCUUAAGAGCUAUGAGCCCAAAGGUACUGGCUAUAAAAUUGGUGCGCUUGCAUGCUGGGAGCAUACCAUAAAUGGGGCUCGGCAAGCCCUUAUCGAUCAGGGCGAGCACAUCCAUGUUGGCUGCUGGCCGGCCCUUGAUAUUCUUGAAGGGUUUGAGGAUGUGGCGUGCUUACAAAUUGAGGCAUUGAUGAAGACGCACGCCUUAACUGCGCAAGUAUUCGUACUUUGCCCUAGUAGCUACGUUGACGAGACGUGUCUACAAUGGAUGGAAAAGAAUCUAGGUCCACAGGACAAGGUGACGGCCGGCGGUGGUUGGACUACUAUCAUUCACCCCUUUUGCUCGAUUAUCAAAGGUCCUUACACAGGCAGCAAAGAUAUGAUAAUCGCUGCAGAUAUUGAUCUAUCUGAAUUAGAUCUGGUGAAGACGUAUGUUGAUGGAGCAGGCCAUUAUAAGCGCCCCGAGCUCUUCAGGUUGGAUGUUAAUACGGAACAAAGAUGGAAAGAUGAACCAGAUAUUGUCGGUCCUAUCCCGUGGAAUGCAUCAUAA